UGUUCGCCGGUUCCCGCCUCCUUCUUCCCGUAUAUACGAACUGUGUUACAAUAACCUUAUAAGGAAUCGUGUCCUCUGAACGUUUCACCUAAUAAUCGUCAUCAGAUGUGGAUUAGCAAUCAAGACACGUCUAUAUAAAGCAACUACCUACAGGCUGAGGCGCUGAUUAAAUGGCUGAACAAAAAAAAACAAGAAAAGAUACCUUUCAAAAAGAUGAAGUAAAUGUUCUUCUAGAGGAGGUGGAGCGGAAUAAAGAUGUUAUUUUCACCAGAUUUAAAGGACAUCAUACAAAUAAGGAGAAACAAAACAUCUGGGAGGACACUGCUACUAAAUUAACAGCAACCAGGGGGGUUAAAAGAUCGGGUAAGGAGGUCCGCAAGAAGUGGCAGGAUUUUGCAAGUCUGGCAAAAAGGAAGAGGGCACUGCAGAGGACUGCAAUUAAAAAAACAGGUGGUGGGACCAACGAGUCCCCCCUUCUCACAGCAGAGGAAGAGAAGGCCUUGUCAAUACUUGGCACAAGUGCUUCAGAUGGCAUUAGUGGUGGUAUUGACAUCCAUGGAGCAGUAGGGUUAACUCAACCUGAGCCUGAGCCAGGUCCUUCAUGUUCAGAGGAGCUAUAUUCACCUGCCAUCUCCCAGCACAUACCAUCUCCUACUCCUCCAAACAACCCUCCCAGGCCUCAGCCUCCAUCUUCAGUUGUCCAGACUGCAGCCACAACACCUCAGCAGUUAUAUACCAUAGGAAAUCUUAUGAGUUCUUUCAAGUGUUUCUGAAGUGAAUGGUUAAUGAUUAUUUCAUAAGCAUGUAAGUUUCAAUAUUACUAAUAUAUAAAGUCUAUAUAUUAAAGGUGAAAGUAGCACAAAUAUAUGUACUUCAUCUAGCCAAUACAUUUCUACAGGUACAGACACAAAAAAAAAAAAGUUUAUUGCAGACAUGUCUCACCAGCACUGUUCUAUGUAUACAUAUUAAGGAGCACAAAUUCUGGUCAUUCCAAACAGAGGAUAGAUUCAAGGAAUAUGUAAUCUAUACAAUUUCUAAGCAUGCCACACCUUCACUU